UAUCUCUCUCCCUCUUCUUCCUCCUCCUCUCUCCUCUAAAUGCAGCAGCUUCCUCUCUCUCAUCCCUGCUAACUUCCCCUUACUCCUCCCUUCUCCCCAUGAAGCUCUCGAGAAUACUCCCACGAACUGUCCUCUCGAGUAUUGUUUUACUUCAGUAGAUUGCUAAAAAAGCUAUGACUUUAGGAGGAGGUUGUUGGGGUCAGAGACUCACUCAAGCAGCUUCUUCUCAAUCAGAUGAAUCUGCUUCUGAUUUGGAGAGGAACCAUCACUGCAACCACUUGAGUCUUCCUUCCUCUUCAAGCCCUUCUUCUCUUAAUCCAUUCACAUUCAACGUCCAGCACGCUGAGAGCAAUGCUCCUUACUUCUCCUGGCCUACUCUCAGCCGUCUCAACAAUGCUGUGGAAGACAGAGCUAACUACUUUGCUAAUCUCCAGAAAGGGGUUUUGCCUGAGAUUGUUGGGAGGUUGCCUUCAGGACAACAAGCUACUACUUUGCUUGAGCUUAUGACUAUCAGAGCGUUUCAUAGUAAAAUCCUGCGUCGGUUUAGUCUUGGCACUGCUGUUGGGUUUAGGAUCACUCGUGGUGUGUUGACGAAUACUCCAGCGAUACUUGUGUUUGUUGCUAGGAAAGUACAUAGGCAGUGGCUUAAUCCAAUGCAGUGUCUUCCUUCAGCUCUUGAGGGUCCUGGAGGGGUUUGGUGUGAUGUAGAUGUUGUGGAGUUUCAAUAUUACGGAGCUCCUGCAGCAACGCCAAAGGAACAGGUUUAUAAUGAACUUGUGGAUGGUUUGAGAGGAAGUGAUCCCUGCAUUGGCUCUGGUUCUCAGGUUGCAAGCCAAGAAACGUAUGGGACCUUGGGAGCUAUAGUGAAAAGCAGAACCGGUAACCAUCAGGUCGGUUUCCUUACUAACCGGCAUGUGGCAGUUGAUUUGGACUAUCCAAGCCAGAAAAUGUUUCAUCCUUUACCUCCAAGCCUUGGACCUGGUGUCUACCUCGGUGCUGUUGAGAGAGCAACAUCGUUUAUUACAGAUGAUCAGUGGUACGGCAUAUUUGCUGACACAAAUCCAGAAACAUUUGUGAGAGCGGACGGUGCCUUUAUUCCAUUUGCAGAAGAUUUCAGUAUGAGCAAUGUAACCACAGUGAUAAAGGGAAUAGGUGAGAUAGGCAAUGUCCACGUCAUAGACUUGCAAUCACCUAUCGAUACACUUAUUGGCAAACAAGUUGUUAAAGUUGGAAGAAGCUCUGGAUACACCACUGGAACCGUUAUGGCUUAUGCAUUGGAAUACAACGACGAGAAAGGGAUCUGUUUCCUCACAGAUUUUCUAGUCAUUGGUGAGAACCAGCAAACUUUUGACCUUGAAGGUGACAGUGGAAGCCUUAUACUCUUAACAAGUCCAAAUGGUCAGAAGCCACGACCUGUUGGGAUCAUUUGGGGUGGAACAGCAAACAGAGGACGACUUAAACUGAUAUCUGGACAAGAACCUGAGAACUGGACGAGUGGAGUUGAUCUUGGUCGGCUUUUGGAUCUCUUGGAGUUAGAUCUCAUCACAUCAAACCAUGAGCUUGAAGCUGCUAGAGAACAGAGAAACACUUCGGUUACAGCAAUUGGUUCAACGGUUUGCCAGUCAUCACCACCUGACCCGGUUCCAUCAGGAGAUAAACAAGAUGAGAACAACUUUGAGCCGUUUAUACCGCCUGAGUUUCAUAUAGAAGAAGCUGUCAAACCAAAACCUGAAGUAGAGGAACAUGUGUUCAUUGCUCCUUUAUCGUUAAACGAGUCUACUUCUACUAGUAGAGUGCAAGAGAGACUCAAAGUUGAUGAUCUUGUCGCGUUAAAGAGCAGUUCUGAAGAAGAAGAAGAGGUUAGCAUUUCGUUGCAGCUAGGCGAGCCUAAGCUAAAGAAACAAAAGUUUUAUUAGUUGAAAGUUGAGCCUAAAGCAAAGGGGGAGUAAACCGAAAAUGGAUAUCUCCUUUACCAGUUCCCGGUUGAGUAUGGUUUGAUGGCGAAUUGAUUAAAAUCGCCUCAAAAAUUUUAUGUCGUAAAUUGUUCAUAAUAUUAUUAUUCUUUGCGGACGAAAAUAACAUUCGAAGUAAAGUGUCGAGAGUCUGUAGCAGAAUUGUAUGAGCUUAAAGUUUUAUGAAAUUCAAAUGUAAUAGUAAUCCAGGUGGGGUAUUAAACCGGUAACGGUUUAGAAGUUUUGGCUUUUGAUUUCUGGUUUGACCGUUUAUAAAAGAGUUUGUGACUACCGCGAAUCUGGAAAAAGAGCGUUGAAAGCAAAAGGUCACUUUCCACGGGGGAGGAAAUGUUUGUCUUUUUCAAUUUAUCGAGGAACCAGG